AUGAGGUUUUAUUUAGAGUUCUGUGUGCACUGCUUGGUGCUGUUGGCUUUGAACUCUGGAGUUUCUUCAUACGGACCUCGUCUGAGAGCUCAGAAGACGGGGGACAUACUGCUGGGGGGAUUGUUCCCGAUACACUUCAGAGUCGCUUCCAAUGACCAGGACUUGGCUGCUAAACCAGAAUCAACAGAGUGUGUGAGGUAUAAUUUCCGUGGGUUUCGCUGGCUCCAGGCGAUGAUUUUUGCCAUCGAGGAAAUCAACAACAAUUCUACUCUUUUACCCAACAUCACUUUGGGGUACCGUAUAUUCGACACCUGUAACACUGUCUCCAAAGCCCUGGAGGCCUCGCUGAGCUUCGUGGCUCAGAAUAAGAUCGAUUCUCUGAACUUGGAUGGCUUUUGUAACUGCACCGGGAACAUCCCAUCAACCAUCGCCGUGGUCGGUGCUUCGGGGUCGGCGGUUUCGACAGCCGUGGCUGACCUUGUCGGUCUCUUCUACAUCCCACAGAUCAGCUAUGCUUCUUCGAGUCGCCUUCUGAGCAACAAGAACCAGUACAAGUCCUUCAUGAGGACAAUUCCAACUGACAAAUAUCAGGCCAUCGCAAUGGCAGCCAUCAUCGAUCAUUUCCAGUGGAACUGGGUCAUCGCGAUCGCCUCAGACGAUGAGUAUGGCCGUCCAGGGAUCGAGAAAUUCGAGAACGAGAUGUUCGAGAGGGACAUCUGCAUCGACCUCAACGUGCUAAUCUCUCAGUAUCUGGAAGAAGCCGAGAUUAUCCGUAUCGCAGACCAAAUCCAGAACUCCACCGCGAAAGUCAUCGUUGUUUUUGCUAGUGGGCCAGACGUUGAGCCGCUGGUGAAGGAAAUGGUGAGGCGGAACAUCACGGAUCGCGUGUGGUUAGCGAGUGAAGCGUGGGCUCUGUCGAGCCUCGUGGCCAAACCAGAGUACCUGGAUGUCAUGGGUGGGACAAUCGGCUUCGCGCUGCAAGCAGGACAGAUCCCCGGAUUCAAGGAGUUCCUGCAGCAGGUCCAUCCGAAAAAAUCCCUGCAUAAUGAGUUUGUGAGAGAGUUUUGGGAAGAGACGUUCAACUGUUACCUGGUGGACAGUGUGAGGAAGGAGGACAGUGAGAACAGCAGCGCAGGCUUCAGGCCACUUUGCACUGGCAACGAGGACAUCACGAGCGUCGAGACGCCUUACCUGGACUACACUCACCUGAGAAUCUCCUAUAACGUCUACGUGGCAGUUUACGCCAUAGCCGAGGCGCUGCAGGACAUCCUCACCUGCACACCCGGGAAAGGACUCUUCGCUAACGGGUCCUGUGCAGAUAUUCGAAAAGUGGAGGCAUGGCAGGUCUUGAAGCAGUUGAGGCAUCUGGAGUUCCAGAACAGCAUGGGCGAGAGAGCGCGCUUUGACGAGAGCAGUGAACUUUCUGCCAACUACACCAUCAUAAACUGGCACCGUUCACCCGCAGACGGCUCGGUGGUGUUCAGGGAGGUCGGGUACUACAUCGUUCACGGCAAAAAGGGCGCCAAACUCUCCAUCGACAAAACAAAGAUACUGUGGAACGGUUAUUUGACUGAGGUGCCGUUUUCAAACUGCAGUGAGGAGUGUGAGCCCGGCACCAGGAAGGGCAUCAUCGAGGGGCAGCCCACCUGCUGCUUCGAGUGUACCGAGUGUUCUGAUGGAGAAUACAGCGAGUAUAAAGAUGCCAGUGUUUGUACCAAAUGUCCCAACAAUUCUUGGUCCAACGGGAACCACACUUCCUGUUUCUUGAAGGAGAUUGAGUAUCUGGCGUGGUCGGAGCCGUUCGGGAUUGCGCUUGCCCUGCUCGCCGUGCUUGGCCUUCUGCUGACGUCCUUCGUGAUGGGCGUAUUUGUGCGAUUUCGGAACACGCCAAUAGUCAAGGCUUCAAACAGAGAGCUGUCCUACCUGCUGCUGUUCUCGUUAAUCUGCUGUUUCUCCAGUUCGCUCGUGUUCAUCGGCGAGCCUCAGGACUGGAUGUGUCGUCUGCGUCAGCCCGCAUUCGGUAUCAGCUUUGUCCUGUGCAUCUCCUGCAUCCUGGUGAAGACCAACCGGGUUCUUCUGGUGUUUGAAGCCAAGAUUCCCACCAGCCUCCAUCGUAAGUGGUGGGGUCUGAACCUGCAGUUCCUGUUGGUCUUCCUGUUCACCUUUGUGCAGGUGAUGAUCUGCGUGGUGUGGCUCUACAACGCACCGCCGGCGAGCUACAGAAACUACGACAUUGACGAGAUCAUCUUCAUAACCUGCAAUGAAGGCUCCAUGAUGGCUCUGGGCUUCCUCAUCGGCUACACCUGCCUCCUGGCGGCCAUCUGCUUCUUCUUCGCCUUUAAGUCUCGGAAGUUGCCCGAGAACUUCACGGAGGCUAAGUUCAUCACCUUUAGCAUGCUCAUCUUCUUCAUUGUCUGGAUCUCCUUCGUCCCCGCUUACUUCAGCACCUAUGGGAAGUUCGUCUCGGCCGUGGAGGUUAUUGCUAUUCUGGCGUCCAGCUUCAGCCUGCUCGCGUGCAUCUUCUUCAAUAAGGUCUAUAUCAUCCUGUUCAAGCCUUUCAGGAACACCAUCGAGGAAGUUCGCUCCAGCACGGCGGCACAUGCCUUCAAAGCCGCUGCCAAAGCCACACUGCGGCAAAGCUCUGCCUUCAGGAAGAGGUCCAGUAGUGUGGGCGGCUCCUCCGCCUCUUCACCGUCCUCAUCGAUCUGCCUGAAGACCAACGACAACGACGCAGCCACGCCCACUGGGCAGAGGCGGAGCCAAAGGCCCAGGGUGAGCUUUGAGAGCGGGACGAUGAGCUUGUCACUCGGAUUUGAAGAGGCGAGAAAAAACUAA